GAGUUUGAUGGAGUUGGUGGACUUUUCGAUGCCAUUUGCCUCCACACCUAGAGGAUAAGCACUUUUGCAGACUAGUCGGUGCAGGGGAGGAGAUCAUGUUUGACUGUAUGGAUGUCCUGUCAGUGAGUCCCGGGCAAAUCCUGGAUUUCUACACUGCGAGUCCGUCUUCCUGCAUGCUCCAGGAAAAAGCUCUCAAAGCAUGCUUCAGUGGACUGACCCAAACUGAAUGGCAGCAUCGGCACACUGCUCAAUCCAUUGAAACUCAGAGCACCAGCUCCGAGGAACUGGUCCCGAGUCCUCCUUCGCCACUUCCUCCCCCUCGAGUCUACAAGCCGUGCUUCGUCUGCCAGGACAAAUCAUCGGGGUACCACUAUGGGGUCAGCGCCUGUGAGGGGUGUAAGGGUUUUUUCCGCAGAAGUAUUCAGAAGAACAUGAUUUACACUUGUCAUCGAGAUAAGAACUGUGUUAUUAAUAAAGUCACCAGGAAUCGAUGCCAGUACUGUCGACUCCAGAAGUGCUUUGAAGUGGGAAUGUCCAAAGAAUCUGUCAGGAAUGACAGGAACAAGAAAAAGAAGGAGCCUUCAAAGCAAGAAUGCACGGAAAGCUAUGAAAUGACAGCAGAGCUGGACGAUCUCACAGAGAAGAUCCGAAAAGCUCAUCAGGAAACCUUUCCCUCGCUUUGCCAGCUGGGUAAAUACACCACGAAUUCCAGUGCUGACCACCGAGUCCGUCUGGAUCUGGGCCUCUGGGACAAAUUCAGUGAGCUGGCCACUAAGUGCAUUAUUAAGAUCGUGGAGUUUGCUAAACGCCUGCCAGGUUUCACCGGCUUGACCAUCGCAGACCAAAUCACCCUGCUGAAAGCCGCCUGUCUGGACAUCCUGAUUCUUAGAAUUUGUACCAGAUAUACCCCAGAACAAGACACCAUGACUUUUUCAGAUGGCCUUACCCUAAAUCGAACUCAGAUGCACAAUGCUGGAUUUGGUCCUCUGACUGACCUUGUGUUCACCUUUGCCAACCAGCUGCUGCCUUUGGAAAUGGAUGACACAGAAACAGGCCUUCUUAGUGCUAUCUGCUUAAUCUGUGGAGACCGACAGGACCUUGAGGAACCCACAAAAGUAGACAAGCUACAAGAACCAUUGCUGGAAGCACUGAAAAUUUAUAUCCGAAAGAGACGACCUAGCAAACCUCACAUGUUUCCAAAGAUCUUAAUGAAAAUCACAGAUCUCCGCAGCAUCAGUGCUAAAGGUGCAGAACGUGUAAUUACCUUGAAAAUGGAAAUUCCUGGAUCAAUGCCACCUCUCAUUCAGGAAAUGCUGGAGAAUUCUGAAGGACAUGAACCUUUGACCCAAAGUUCAAGUGGAAACACAGCAGAGCACAGUCCCAGCAUCUCACCCAGCUCAGUGGAAAACAGUGGUGUUGGCCAGUCACCACUGGUCCAAUGAGACACUUUCUAGCUACUUCAAACAUUCCCCAGUACCUUCUGUUCCGGGAUUGAAAAUGCAAGAAAAAAAGACAUUUUUACUGCUGCUUAGUUUUUGGACCGAAAAUAUAGUAAAACUCAAGAAGGACCAAGAAGUUUUCAUAUGUAUCAAUAUAUACUCCUCACUGUCUAACUUACGUUAAAAAAAAAAAAACUUUUUAAAUUCUAAGAAAUUCAGCCAUUUCAUGCAACCAGAAAUUAGUUAAAAGCUUCUAUUUUCCUCUUUGAACAUUCAAGAUUGCAUGGCAAAGACCCAGUCAAAUGAUAUGUCCCCUGGUUAAGUUUCUGAAGACUUUGUACAUACAGAAGUAUGGCUCUGUUCUUUCUAUAAUGUAUUUGGUGCUUUUGUCUUGUAUACUUAAAAAAAUAUAUAAAAAACAAACAAAAAAAAAAACCAAGACACCAACGUUAUAAAAGACUACUGUACAUGCCCAGCUAAGAACGCUUCAAAAAGAUAAAGGUUUUGCCUUCAUAGAAUAACCAAGACACCAAGGUAAGGAAUGG